CUUUGAGAUCUACGAGGAAUUGACUUGUACCAACAACUGACUAGAAGACGCUUCCAUAAUUUACAUUGCCUCUAGGGUUCAGGAUCUAAAUAGCUAGAAGCAAUAUCCGCUUUGAUAUUGUUUUACAAAUUGAUUAAUACAUGUCGUCAGUUAUACAGGAUCAAUUUUCUGCGGGUAAUUGUGUUCCUGAGAAUGAAACCAAUUCUGAUGUGGAUAAUUCACUAAGCGGUGGAAUCCAUUCUGAUUACCAACCACCUUAUUUUCCUCCACCUUAUUAUCCAUCAGUAACUACACCAAUGAUAAUGACAGAUACUGCAACAACUACUAAUCUCAAUACAAAUUCAUAUCAUACCAAUGGACAAAAUGCAUCAUUUUUAAGCGGUAUGAACAAUUAUUCUGGAAAUUUCUACCAGGCGAAUUUAUAUCAUAAUCCAUCUGGAUUGAACCAUCAUUUACAACUUCAAAAUAAUCAACAGCAACAACAACAACAACAUCAACAUCAUGUCCAACAACAGCAACAACAACACCAGCAACAGAGAUUUCAUGUGAAUGCGUCAAGUUUUCCUUUUUCUUCAUAUUUUGCCGCUAAUCCUAAUUACUAUACAUCUAUGAAUUAUAUGAAUGGAUCACUGCUUGCCGGUGAACAUUUAUCAGAUGUCAAUAAUAACAGUAAUAAUACACCUAAUAUGUUCACUAAUUACCCAUUUAACUAUUCACUACAAAGUGGUAUACAAACAAGUGGUACAAGUACGGAUCAGAUGAAUACUAUUCCCAAUUCUAAAAUAUCUGAAAUGGUUGAUCAUUUAACGCAAGCAAACACCGACAAUAAUUCCAAAUCACUGAGUUUAAAAUCUGAUAAUGAGACAUCUGAAAUGCAAUCCUUAGCUGUCAGUACUCAAUCUUUCCUUAUUCAUCGCUUAGAUACUCAUAAUCGUUCUCUUUUGCCUGGAUAUGAAUUACUGGAGAAGAAUUUUGGACAGUUGGAGCAUGCAAUGGAUUCAAAUUAUCAACAGAGCGGGACCCCGUCUUCUAUAGACACUACAGGAUCGUCACCACACAAUUCAUCACAGUUUUUAUCACCAGGAUCGAAUAAAGGAAAUUUCGACAUGGGACAUGAGGUUGGCAGGUCACAAAUGAAUCCAUCUUCAAAUGACGAAAAUCCUUAUUCAUCUCCACUUCGGUGUGGUACAAUGAGUGAGAUAAGUUCGAACGAAAGAAUGCCAGAGUGUAAUAUAAGAGGCUGUGAAGAUGACAAAAGUAAUUUAAGACCAUCUAGCUAUCCUGACGUGAAUUCCCUAAAAACUGCUUUUGAUUUAGGGUUUUCUUCAGAAAUCCAAGGUUUGACAGGGGGUCUGUUAAACGAUCCUACAAAUGCUAUGCUUCAAACAAAUUUAACCUAUAAUAUUGAUCAGUCCAAUUCAUAUAUGACACAAUCUCAGACAACAAGAUUUCCGGCUAAUUUUCCUACUGGUUGUACACAAAAUGUAACGUUUCAGGCGACAGCUUCAACAACACCUGAACAGGCAUUCAGUCGUUUAUCUUCUGGAACAAGUGGCAAAAACGGUUUCUGCAAAAGAGGGAUCCGUUAUAAAGCUGCUUCUGAGGGCCGAACCGAAUUUAUGCAUGGACCUAGUCCAUCAGAUAUAUUUUGCACUGUUCCCGGGCGUCUGUCACUACUGAGUUCCACGUCAAAAUAUAAAGUAACUGUCGCUGAGGUUCAAAGACGUUUAUCACCACCAGAAUGUUUGAAUGCUUCAUUGCUUGGUGGAGUUCUACGUCGAGCCAAAUCUAAAAAUGGGGGAAGGUCCUUGCGAGACAAGUUGGACAAAAUUGGACUGAAUUUACCAGCUGGACGACGAAAGGCUGCAACGGUUACAUUACUAACUUCUUUAGUUGAAGGCGAAGCUAUUCGAAUGGCUCGUGAUUUCAGUUAUUUGUGUGAAAAUGAAUUUCCCCACCGAGUAUGCGCUGAAUAUCUUUUGCGUAAUUCAAACGGAUGUGAUUCUAGUGAAGUACAGAAGAAACGGAAUCAAGUAAUCUCUACAAAACAGUUGUUGGGUGAAAUCACUGAUUUAUUGACAAAGGAUAGAAGUCCACUUGCAACGAAUCCUCUUCCAGCUAAUCGAUCUACAAGCUGUCUUGACGCUUCUACUCAAAGAUCAUUAACUCAUUUUAGUCAUAUUACACAUGGAUUUGGUGGCUUAACACUUAUUAGUGCUUUGAAUACUUUCCAGACAGUUCUUUCAGAGCUUCUUAAGCUUUUAAACAAAGAUGGACAGUCUACUACUCAUCCCACAAAUAGUUCAGCGACAUAUACUGGUAAACAUACACCAGUAACUUCAAGUAUGUGUCAUCAACACCACCUACAACAAUGUUCAAAUAUCAGUAUUCCUAAUACUUUGAACGCAGGACAUACAUUGUCCAACGUACCUCCAGGAAUGUGUACAGAAUCAUUAAACGUAAAUAAUGGUCAACGCAGGAAGUAUCUUUCGCAUAAUAGUGGAAAUAAUUCAACAGACAUGCGAAAUCUUAUAUCAUUGCAAAGGAAUAAUUUGGAAAAUGAAGUUGAAGGUGGUGUUAUCUUAAAUGGAGUUAGAUAA